AUGAGUGAAAGAGAAAGAAAAAGUAUUAAAACAAUAUCUAAGAGAAAUUAUAGAUCUAAAACAUAUGGAAAUGCUUUUAAAAUGUAUUAUGAAGAUUUACCUAACAAUCCUUAUUGUGUUAACUGGUCAAAUUAUUUUAAAGAUGGGAAGGCUCCAACUUAUAUUGAGUUAGGAUGUGGUUAUGGAAAGUUUCUUUUUAGAACAUCAGAAUUAUUUCCAGAGAAAAACGUUUUAGGGUUUGAGUUAAGAAAUACUGUUUAUAAUUUUGUCUCAGAUAGUAUUAUAGCUAAUAAUACUGAUAAUUGUGCUGUUAUGAGGUAUAAUGCUUUAUUGUUUUUACCUAACAUUCUUAAACCAAAUACAGUUGAAAGAUUUUUUAUACUUUAUCCUGAUCCUCGUGUACAAAUGUCUAUUAAGAAAGGAAGACUUAUUAAUAAGCGUUUGUUCGCAGUUUUAGAAUAUCUUUUAAUUGAUGGUGGUGAAAUAUUUGUAUCAACAGAUUUAGAAAAUUACCAUAAAGAGAUAUUGGAAGAAUUUGAAGAAUUUAAUAAAAUUAACAGAGAAGAAAGAGAAUUUCUUAUUUGUUUAGAAAGAGAAACUGUUUUAAAGGACGGUCAGAUUGAAAUUGAUAAAUCUGAUAGAGAAAUUGAAUUAAUAGAAAAUUGUUAUAAAAAUACAGAUGAAGCAUUAAGAGCAGGUUUGAAGUCUGGUAAAGCAUUUUGUACCAUUUUUAAGUAUAAAAAGUAUAUUUAA